CCCCCUGGAGCUGUCCCCUGUUGACAUGACGGUAGCUGUUGCUGGGUCAUACAAUGCUCAGGAGGAGGAAGACCAGCGCCUCAGAACUCAAGAGGGAUCUUUCAGCUCAUGGAGGAGCUCUGUCCAUGUCACAAAACACACGCACUUUUUUCAACUUCUCUCAGCUGGUGCUUUCUGCUGGCCAUCUCAAACCGCCACCAGUGCUCAAACAUUCAAAAGUCACUUACUUUGAAGUGGAGAUCCUUGAUGUGCAAAGCAAGAAGCAGAUCUGCAUUGUGGACAAGAUACCUCCAUCAUCUACCCUCCUAGAUGUGAAACACAAAUUUCACAAAGCCUGUCCCCAGUGGUACCCUUCCCGUGUUGGUCUGCAACUGGAACGGAAUGGGCCUUAUUUGAAGGAUUCUGUUAACAUUCAAAGCCUAGCAGCGUCCUCCAUCAUUACACUGUAUUUUACAGACCUGGGUCAGCAGGUUGGUUGGACCACAUUUUUUCUAACAGAAUACACUGGGCCUCUACUAAUAUACCUGCUCUUUUACAUUCGUCUCUCAACUAUUUAUGAUCAAGUGGAAAGUACGAAGAACUUCCGCCACCCAGUGGUUCACUUGGCCUGCUUCUGUCAUUGUUUGCACUACAUCAGACAUCUUCUGGAGACAUUAUUUGUUCACAAGUUUUCUGGAGGGCACACUCCCCUGAAAAAUAUGAUAAAGGGCUGUGUCUUUUACUGGGGAUUCACUUCUUGGAUUGCAUACUACAUCAACCAUCCCCGAUAUACGCCACCAUCAUUUGGCCACAGACAAGUUUCUCUUGCUGCCCUUGCUUUUCUGAUGUGUGAAGCUGGAAAUCACUUUAUCAACGUAGCAUUAGCUCACCAAAAUCAUUCAGGAAACAAAGCCUGUUUUCCAAGUCCAACCUACAACCCCUUCACGUGGCUCUUCUUGCUGGUAUCCUGUCCCAACUAUACUUAUGAGGUUGGGUCUUGGAUUAGUUUCACGGUAAUGACACAAACCCUGCCAGUUGGCAUCUUUGCUUUCCUGAUGGUCAUCCAGAUGUCUCUCUGGGCCCAAAAGAAACACAAGCUGUACCUGAAGAAAUUUUAUCCAGAGGUGCGGAGAAAAGCAGCUAUGAUUCCUAUUGUCUUCUGAGCUCUUGGUGAAAGCUGAAGCCUGAGUUCAAUAGCUAACCCAGAGUAAAUGAGCCAUUUAAUUCAGCAACCGAAGUGGGUCCUGAGGAAGCACUACUGGAUAUCUUUUUCAGAAAAUUAACAGAUGAGACAGCUUUUAAUUAAGUGAAAAAAAAACGUAACAACCAAACAGCUCUUCAAUUCUUGAUUCCUGCUAAAAGAUAUUUAAUUAGGUUUUCUGCAAUGGAGCUAAUUGGGAAAGCAUGAGAAAAUUUUUUAUAUUCGAUUUUAGGCUAGUACUUAGCUGGUUUAAAUGGGCAUGGAUGCUGUUAAAAUUAACAAAAUACAUACACCUAAUCUGUGUGUGUUCAGCUCUGGUGAUUUUAAGGUUUGGUGUUAGAUGUUGACCAGAUCCUCAGAUUUUUUGCAUCAGAAGUUGUUUCCCAACCUCAUUUCUAUUAAAUUGCAUAGAAACAGCCUGUUCUGCCUUAACUCCUCUAAAGCAUCACAACAAAGAAUGACUGCUUUGCUGCUAAAACAGUUUAGUAUUACAAAGCUUUUCCUUCUUUCUUUCCUUUUAAUUGAAUCCAACAGCAAAUUGUUCAAUGCAAAUUGGCUUCAAAUGAUCACUGCAGAGAAGUCUGGUUCUCUUUUCUUUUCAGGCGGGCAAAUCAGCCCCAUAGUCUCGGGGGGGGGGGGGGGGGGGGGGGGGACAGUUUGUGAGGUGCAACCUGCUACUAACUUGUUGCUCGACCUUGGGUACGUCACUUAAGUCAAUCGUUGUUUCUCACGUUAAACAGUUCUGGAAAUAGCAGUAGACUUUCUGGACUAACAAGCAUGUUAAGAUCCUCCUAUUCAGUGCACGACUACAUCUGGACACCACUGUCUUGUGUCAAACACUGUGAAAUUCCUGGGCAUGAGGUGAGCCAGAGUACAGCCUGUUAUUGGAAAGGAAAGGGAUUCUGACACAGCAUCUGUCAGUCCCUCUUUGGCCUGCCUCAGAUGGAUGCUAGAGAAUGGCUUCUGCCAUGAACAAGUGCUCAAAGUCCUCUUCCAGUGUCUAAAAACUCACAACUUACCUCUUGCCCACUAUAACUCAGUUUCAACUUGCUAAUGUUCUAAAUUAAUCACUUUAGAAAUUUUUUGUUUCAACUUCUAACCUGUUAAUGUCUGAAUUUUUUCCUUCUCUCAGUGGAAAGUCUGACUUACAGUGAAUACUCAGUUUGCUAACCCAGAGUGCUAAUAAAGACCUGUUUCAGAAAAAACACUUUCUGUACUCUUCAGUUACUUAUACCAAACAGCAAUACUUUGAAACUUUUCUUAAACAGACACACAAGUCAUAAGAAUGUAAUUUUUUUUUUUAUCCAGUUACUGGGAUUGUUUCAAUUUCAGGUUUAUUAAAUGUCUCAUUUUAGCAAUUCUAAACAGUUGAUGAGGAAGGCUAACUUGACAAAAUGCCUACUUACCUAAUAGGCUCUUGAUUACAAUUGCUGCAGCUUUAAGCCUAUCCAACGCAUGCUACCAGAGUGACUCAAAGUACGAGAAGCACAAUCAGCUUAAGCCAAAUAAGUAGCUCCAGGAGAUGUUUACCUCCCUGCAUUACUUGUUGGUCAUUCAGUAUGAGAGGAUGGGGAGAAGGGUGUCAGGUCCUGUAGCAACUGACUGAAGUUUUAAAAUCAGGUUAAGAGCAAAGACUAGGUAUGAACAAAUGAUGAUACACUAUAGCAGACUGAAAAAAAUAAGCACGGCUGAUAUUUUGGGAGGUGGUCUUGACUUGCUAAAACUGCUCUAAAUUGUGUUAAGCUGCUUCAUGAAUGGCAAUAAAUCCAACUUUCUACACA